AUGUACAUAUUUGAAAAAAGGGGUUUAUCAGUCGUGUUAACUAGUCUUUUUUUAUCCGUUCUGCCUCCAGGAUGUCCUCUUCUCGCUCCAAUAUCUCCUCAAUGCGCUACCGCCUUCUCGCCUGAGAUGUUUUAUUUAUCCAUUUUUUCUAUCUGCUUUGUCUCGUUAAGCUCUCCCCAAACUCAUCCAGCCACAGAGAACUCUUCAGACUCUCGCUGCACUCCUACUGUGUUCGAUUCCGAACUCUGGGAUAAGGAGGCAACACGUGAGCACAUGCGUAGUCACGCUGUCUUUAAGCUAGUCGAGGAAAUCAUUCUCAUGGAAGAGAUGCAGCCUUCUCAAUCUCUUAAAAAUAGUUUUAUUACUCAAAUUCCUACUGCAUCUACCAGUACAAUGGGGGCGACAACCACAACCCUAGCAUCUUUCAAGUCAGCCGAUGCUUCGCUCUCCCCUAUCGCGCCGUGCCCCGCCCGCUGCCUUUUCCUCCCGCGCCGACGAUUGCCGCAUCCCGAAGCUGUGGGCAUCUGGCGACAGCGGAAACGCAACAAUUCGUUUACUCUAAACUCGAGUUCGACAGCAGCUGAAGGUUCAGGCGAAACGCUCACAAUUAAUCGGUGA